AUGUGGCGCAGGUCGGUGCCGAGCCCUGAGGAGGGAUUAGGAGAUGGUGCGUGAAGCUGCGCCUUGGCUCCCUGAGCGAAGGGGCCGUUCCGGGGCUCGCCCCGCCGCCUGCCCGAGAGGUGCGAGGGCUUAGGCCGGGAGGCGCAGGGAUGGAGGGCUCGGGCGAUGCCUCCCGGGCCGGGGCCGACUGGCGCCUGGCCGUGUGGACCCUGUGCUCCGUGCUGCUGCCCGUGCUCAUCACGGCGUGGUGCAGCUUCCAGCGGUCGCGGCGGCAGCUGCUGAUCCGGGACAUCUUCCGCAAGAGCAAACACGACUGGCGCUACACGGACCUCUUCGGGCAGCCCUCGUACUGCUGCGUGUGCGCCCAGCACAUCCUCCGCGGCGCCUUCUGCGGCUGCUGCGGGCUGCGCGUCUGCGAGGCCUGCCUGAAGAAGGCGGACCAGCGCUUCCUCUGCAAGGAGAUCAUGAUGAGGGGCACCGCGGGAGCCCCCAGCUCCAUGCCGCACCACUGGAUCAGGGGCAAUGUCCCUCUCUGCAGCUGCUGCAUGGUCUGCAAACAACAGUGCGGCACGCAGCCCAAGCUCUGCGACUACAGGUGUGUGUGGUGUCAGUACACUGUGCAUGAUGAAUGCAUGGUGGAUUGUUUGAGGACUGAGGAUUGUACAUUUGGAGAAUUCAGAGAUUUAAUUAUUCCACCCUACUAUUUGUCUGCAAUCAACCAGAUGCGUAAAGAGAAAAGAACCAACUAUGAAAAGGUGGGCCCUUACUGCAGGAAACACUGGAUGCCAGUAAUGGUGCUGGCCAAUACUCGUAGUGGAAACAACAUGGGUGAAACUUUACUGGGAGAAUUUAAAAUGCUGCUGAACCCCGUUCAGGUUUUUGAUCUCAGCAAAAUUGCACCUGCUAAAGCUCUCCAGCUCUGCACUUGGCUGCCUUGCAAUGCUGUCAGGGUUCUGGUCUGUGGUGGGGAUGGCACAGUGGGCUGGGUCCUGGAUGCAAUUGAUGAAAUGAAGAUAAAGGGGCAAGAACGAUAUAUUCCACAAGUUGCAAUUUUACCUCUGGGAACAGGGAAUGACCUGUCUAAUACACUGGGCUGGGGUGCAGGUUAUGCUGGAGAAGUCCCUGUAGAGCAGAUCUUACGAAAUGUCAUGGAGGCAGAUGGAAUCAAACUAGACAGAUGGAAGGUUCAAGUAACAAACAAAGGAUACUACAACUUAAGGAAACCAAAGGUAUUCACAAUGAACAACUACUUCUCUGUAGGACCUGAUGCUCUUAUGGCUUUGAAUUUCCAUGCCCAUCGUGAGAAAACUCCCUCUCUGUUUUCCAGCAGAAUCAUCAAUAAGGCUGUUUAUUUUUUUUAUGGAACCAAAGACUGCUUGGUACAACAAUGUAAAGAUCUUAACAAAAAGGUUGAGCUAGAGUUGGAUGGUGAGAGGAUUGAGUUGCCCAAUUUGGAAGGCAUCAUUGUGCUGAAUAUUGGAUACUGGGGAGGUGGCUGCAGGCUCUGGGAAGGAAUGGGGGAUGAACCUUAUCCUUUGGCAAGACAUGAUGAUGGACUUCUGGAAGUUGUUGGUGUUCAUGGUUCUUUCCACUGUGCCCAGAUCCAGGUGAAACUGGCAAAUCCUGUUCGCCUGGGGCAGGCACACACAGUGAGGCUGAUCCUGAAGAGCUCCAAGAUGCCGAUGCAGGUGGAUGGGGAGCCCUGGGCGCAGGGGCCCUGCACUGUCACCAUCACUCACAAGACCCAUGCUCUGAUGUUGUACCACUCUGGGGAGCAGACAGAUGAUGAUGAUGCCUCCAGCCUGUCAGAGUGACACCAGGGCAGGGAGCAGGUGGAUCCAGACCUGGAGAUUUUGUGGAAUUGGAAUUUCACGUGCGGCAGCGAGGAACUUCAGCUCGUUAAAACAUCAAUGUCUGAUCUGGACUGAGGUUUAUGAACUAAGGUUCAUACUUGUGAAUGAACUAGACCUGACGAAAAAGCCAUGCUUCUGCACUCAUGGAAACUUUCACAGCUGAAUUACUACAACUGGUUUGCUUUUAGGUUGGUGGGGAUGCCCUCCAGCCUUUCCAGCUGGAGCGUGUUCCUCUAAUGGCUGGAAAGGGACAGAUGCUGCAACCCUUCCUUGCUGUGCAGUCAGGUCUUCUGCACAUCACAGCACCGUGUUUCAGAGAGAUGUUUCAUACCCUUGGAAAGGGGAACAGCUGGGGGUUUGACCUGCUUCCACCUGCCCCAGAGCAGUUCCAGAGAAGAAAAACCAGACCAAGCAGAAUAUGGGUUGAUGUUCUGACAGCAGCCUGCUCCUGGCUGCCAUCUCUGCUUGGGAGCAAGAGCAGUAACUCUAUGCACCUGCUUGUGCAGUCAUUUCUAAUAAGCUUCACUGGGAGAGUAGAGGAUCUGGGAGCUCUGGGGAAGGUACUCAGCAAGAAAAUUGCUUUUGGACCAAAGGUUUCUGGAAAUGUUAUUUAAGACAUGACUUUUUUUCAGUGGCUUUGUAAGCCAAAGAGUCCCCAACAUACAAUUCAAAAUACUUGUACCAUGACUUGCACUGAUUGAUCCUGUAACUUGACUUUGCUUCAGUUCAGUGAGAGACUAAUUCUAGUUUUUGUUAAUAGCAACAUCACAGUUUUUGGGCAGGCUUUUUGGAGGAAAACUUGGACAAAGGAGCAUCUUUUUUAGCUGUUUAGAGAGAAGGGUUUAAAAGAAAUAAUGAUGAUUGGCACAUGUGGGGUGUUUUUUAAAAACUUGUUGAAGAAUGUGGCUCAUAAUUACCUGGGAAUGAUCAGUAGUAAGUCAGUCUGUUAACUUUCAAUUCUAAGUGUGGAGGUUGAGAGCUAAGUUUGUAUAGGUGACAUUUAUGUGUAUGAUUUGAUUGUGGGAAAAAAACAUGGAAUCAUUUUUUCUGACUGGCUCCUAGGGGGUAAAAGAUACCUUGCUGGUUACCCUCAUUUCCCUUAUGGAUAUAAAGUGGGGAAAAAGAUGAGUGGUUGAUCCUGGUAGUGGAGGUUCAGAACACCUACAGCAGUACACAGGGACUGUCAGCUUGGCCUGUCUGAAGCUUCUCAGGUUAAAAGCUUCUCAGGUGAAAACAUCUUCAUGGUUAACAAAAGUAAAAGGUCUUAUUCCUGCUCUUUUUAUUGUAAGAAUUUUAAGCCUGCAGCAGGUGAGGACUGAGUUGAGGUUUAAAAUAUCUCACUGAAUAAAUUCAGUUUAGUUACUGAAGGUGCUCUUCCAAGUAGGAAGAGAAUUUAUCCUGUGUAAGCCAAGAUUAUAAGAAGGUGAGAGCUUUGGUCUAAACUUGGAAUGUUGCUGCUUUUGUCAUGAUCCCCCAGUUUUUAAUUUCUUUUUCUUUAUGCUUACUGAAAAUGAGACCAUUGGGUAAAGUAGGCUGUGUUUCUAGGGUUUUUUAGAUGAAACCGUUUUUCUGAAAUCUGUAAAAUGAUGUUUGCAUUAACAGUGAACAAUCUAUUUAUAUUUUAAAAUAAUUUAUUGAAACUUGGCAAAGUCAGUAUUUUUAAAACCUUCAACUGUAAUCCUCUUUGGAAAGCAUUUUUAACUUGAUGGUAUUCCUUGUAGAAAGUGUAUGUACUAGAACUUCAAUACUACUGAUUCUCAGUGAACUUAUAGCAGUCUGAAAAUGUGAUUAGAGUGUAAUGAACUGUAAAGCAGAAGCCAUUUGUAAAUUCCAUAUUCAUUAGCCUUGUACACAUAACUUUAAUUAUUUUAUUGUAUGUAAAUAUAGAUGAAAAAUAAUAGUAAAAUAUAUGUAAAAAGUGUUUAAAAUACCCUAAGUAUGCUAUGCUAGAUGAAUCCAUUACCUUUUUUUUAGUUAUGAGCUUCAAUUUGUAUUAGCUUCAAAAAUCUUACCAGUUAAGUUAUUA